CAACAACAUACUGAACCGAUCCAGUCCAGUCAGUCUCGCCCCUCCGCUCCGAGCAGCAGCACUAUCGUCCUCGCCGGGUCCGGUGGCAGUGAAGAUGAUCCAGCAGAAAAGCAGCCGGGGAUGCGUAUGACAGUAACAAAAUAAUGGCCCUCGAUUUACGCAAGUUUCCGAAUGUGCGACUAGUAACGAAGUGAAAGAGCAGUGGCAAGAAAACACAGUGAACCAUGUUGCCAUGUUGCCCUGAGUUGUGACCUGUGUUGACAGGGGAGGAGGAAGAGGAAGGAGGAGGGCCGUGUGGGCAGGCAGGCAUCUGCCGUAGCUCGCUUUAGGUGGCCCUUUGCAAGGUUGAAGCCAUGGGCAAUACAGCUACAAAGUUUCGCAAGGCCCUGGUGAGCGGUGAUGAGGCUUUGGCUUGGCAGCUGUAUGAGGGUAACCCUCAGUUCAGGGACGGCCUUGAUCCGAACGCAUCAUACGGAGAGCAGUACCAGCACAACACACCCCUGCACUAUGUCUGCCGCCACGCCAUGACACGUCUACUCAGGUCUUUCCUGUUCAGCAAAGAGGGCAACCCUAACAAGCGUAAUGUGCACAAUGAGACGUGCCUCCACGUGCUAUGCCAAGGCCCACAGAUCCUGCUGCUGCCAGAGGGAGCACUGUCACCACGGCUGGCCCGACCCCAGAGGGACGAGCAGCGCCGUGCUGACUGCCUGCAGAUGAUACUGAGCUGGACCGGAGCGAGGCUGGAGGGAGGCCAGUAUGAGAAGGCCAACGUCAAUGCCACCGACAACCACCACAGCACCUGUCUGCACUACGCCGCCGCUGCAGGCAUGAGGAGCUGUGUGGAGCUGCUGAUCCAGAGCGAGGCAGACCUUUUUGUGGAGGAUGAAGACAAGUUGACGCCAUGCGAUCAUGCCGAGCGGCAUCACCACACAGAGCUGGCCCUCAGCCUAGAGUCACAGAUGGUUUUCUCCUCCUCUUCAGCUCAGCAGUCAAAUACAGACGCACAUGGUGAAACCAACCUGCUACAGUACAAAGAGCCUUUCGAGGGACUGAAACUUCAGGACCUACGCAGACUGAAGGACAUGCUGAUUGUGGAGACGGCAGACAUGCUACAAGCUCCCCUGUUCACUGCUGAGGCCCUGCUGCGAGCACACGACUGGGACAGAGAAAAACUCCUGGAGGCCUGGAUGUCUGAUGCCGAGGGCUGCUGCCAGCGCUCGGGUGUGGCCAUGCCCACCCCACCUCCCAGCGGAUACAACGCCUGGGACACUUUACCCUCUCCCCGCACCCCUAGGACCCCACGCUCACCUCUGACACUCACCCUCACCUCCCCCACCGACAGCUGUCUCACCCCUGGGGAGGAGGGCCUGGCUACAUGUGGGAUCUGCCUCUGCUCUAUCUCAGUGUUUGAGGACCCGGUGGACAUGUCUUGUGGUCAUGAGUUCUGCAGAGGCUGCUGGGAAGGGUUCCUUAAUGUAAAGAUUCAGGAAGGUGAUGCCCACAACAUUUUCUGUCCAGCCUUUGAGUGCUACCAGUUGGUGCCGGUGCAUGUGAUAGAGAGUGUGGUUUCAAGGGAAAUGGACCAGCGGUAUCUCCAGUUUGACAUAAAGGCAUUUGUGGAAAACAAUCCUGCCAUCCGCUGGUGUCCCGCCGCUCGCUGUGAGCGGGCAGUGCGGCUCACCCGACCGGGUCCUGGGGACAGUGACCCGCACAGCUUCCCCCUGCUGCCCUCCCCAGCUGUCGACUGUGGCAAGGGUCACCUCUUCUGCUGGGAGUGCCUUGGCGAGGCCCACGAGCCAUGUGACUGUCAGAUGUGGAGGAACUGGCUCCAAAAAGUAACAGAGAUGAAGCCUGAAGAGUUGGCAGGUGUGAGCGAGGCCUAUGAGGAUGCUGCUAACUGCCUGUGGCUGUUAACCAACUCCAAACCAUGUGCCAACUGCAAGUCGCCCAUUCAGAAGAAUGAGGGCUGCAACCAUAUGCAGUGUGCCAAGUGUAAGUAUGACUUCUGCUGGAUCUGCCUGGAGGAGUGGAAGAAGCACAGCUCAUCAACAGGAGGCUAUUAUCGCUGCACUCGCUAUGAGGUCAUUCAGCAGCUAGAGGAGCAGUCCAAGGAGAUGACUGUAGAGGCAGAAAAGAAGCACAAAAGCUUUCAGGAGUUGGAUCGUUUCAUGCAUUAUUAUACUCGCUUCAAGAACCAUGAACACAGUUACAAGUUGGAACAGAGAUUACUGAAAACAGCAAAAGAAAAGAUGGAGCAGCUGAGCAGAGCCUUCAUUAGCCGUGAGGGAACUCCUCCAGACACACGAUUCAUAGAGGAUGGUGUAUCUGAGCUGCUGAAAACGCGCAGAGUGCUAAAGUGCUCUUACCCGUACGGCUUCUUUCUGCAGCAAGGAAGCACACAGAAAGAGAUCUUUGAGCUCAUGCAGACGGACCUGGAAAUGGUUGUGGAGGAUCUGGCCCAGAAGGUCAACAGGCCGUACCUGAGGACCCCCUGCCACAAGAUAAUCAGUGCUGCCCGCCUGGUGCAGCAGAAGAGGCAGGAGUUCCUGGCAUCUGUGGCCCGUGGUGUGGCUCCAAACGAUUCCCCGGAGCCUCCCCGCAGGAACUACCCUGGUGGAUCAUGGGACUGGGAGUACCUCGGUUUUGCCUCCCCUGAGAUGGGGAGUCGUCACUCUGUACUGGGAGCAGGAGAUCAGAGAGAGAGACAGUCACAGGAUUAUGCUGACAUCCAGUACCGUCGUAGACACAGGCCACGGCGCAGAGGAGACAUGCUGAGUCUGCAGAACCUCAGAAGCAGCAGUAACACACCAGAGGCCAGCAGGAGGAGCGACAACACAGAAGGUCCAGAGAGAGGUGAAGGACGCAGGAGAGCACUGGGCUCACUGGACGAAGACGACCCCAACAUCCUGCUGGCCAUCCAGCUGUCCCUGCAAGAGUCCCGCAGAGAGCGAGGCCUGGAGGGAGGGAUGGAAGAGCGUCCUCUGGACCGAGGACAAGAGAGGAGACCGGGUCCUGCUGGAGACCUGGGGGACAUCUCUUUGCACUCUCUUAAUGCAGAUGGUCCUUCAGGGGCGAGAGGUUCAUCUUUUCCCUCCUCCCUUCUGGAUCCUCCCCGGCCCCCAAACAGGACAGACUCCACCUCCCAGCCUCCUCCUUCCAAUUCCCUCACCCUCCCUCCCCCUCCCCCUUCCCUGAGUGCCGAGCUGCUGGAGCUGGGAGACAGCCUUAUGAAGCUGGGGAACAUAACCACUCCGUAUGACCUCGACACGCACACACAGGAACAGUUGUGUUCACACCACACAUGCAGCCACAGUGUGCUGGCCACUCCCUACACCCUGGAAUCUGCCUACAGUGACUGCAGCCAUAGACCAGACCAGAACACACGGACCACCCCAUACAUGUUGGACCACAUCACAGAUCCUCGCUACGACAGCAAAGAGCAGACCUACUGCCAUUCUAGCACUUACUUGGCCGAGGCAGAACACACUGCUUCCUGUUCACUCACCCAAAAUCCCAGCCAUCCUAGUCCGUACAGCCAGGACCACCAAGCCACCCCAAAACCAGACAGCUCUUACACUCCUUUCCCAGAACACAGUAGCUCUUACACUCCAGAGCGACCUGCUGCCUAUGCUCUUGAUCGCCCCCCCAAACCAGAACCCCAGCCCCCCUCCCAAUUGUGCCUCCCUUCACCAGAGCUUGAACCAGAGCUUCUGCUUUCACCUGUGAUCCCCCCAGGGGGUCCAUUCACUCCCAGUGACCCUCAGAGUCUGGAGGCCCUGGACCCAGCAGCCAGUGCUCAGUUGCUGGACAACAUCAUGGCCUGGUUUAACAACAACAUCAACCCCCAGAACAACCCCCAGAGCCUCGCACUCAUCCCCUCCCCCCCAACCACAGAGACUGAUUCCUCCCCCGACACACUCACAGAGACAGAGAGCCAGACUUCCAGGGACAUGGCGCCCACUCCAAUCUGGCAGCCCCUGGAGGGCGAGCCAGCAGUGGUAGCAGAUAGAGGGUCGGCGAGUCCCCACUCAGGCACCACUGCUGUUGGAGCCAGAGUCGAGGUCCCAAAAAUGUCAUCCGGGAGGCCCAGCACUCUGGAGUUGGAGGCGGACGAGGAGGGUGUGGACGCUGGGUGUGUGGCUGACCUGUCGCUGGACGAAGCACACACACACCCAUGCUCACAUUCUCACUUGGGAGGCAGCAGUCCCACACACACUGCUCCGACCACGGAGAGUGAACUAGACCUCGCCCUUCAGUUAGAAGGGGACCAAUCACCUGAGGAGUGGGAGGAGCAAGUCCACCUGGUGUGACAGAGUAAGAAGGAGAGAGGAGAUGGAGCAAAGGAAGAGAAUGGGUUGUAGAGAAAAGGGAUGAAACACUGGGAAGUAUAUCCCCUUUUCCACCACAGGAACUUUUACUUUACAAGGAAAUUUGAAAAACCUUGAUGCAUUUCCACUGAAAUUACCUGGGUAAAAAGCUUUCCCUUGAGCCCAAACUUUCUUUGACAUAAGUUCCUGGUAGGGGGAUAGGACAUUUCAGAUUUCCUGUACUUCUUGGGGCUGUGUGCUGAAGAUGGCUGAUUGGUGGAACACACUUGUAGCUUUCCGCACUUGUAUUAGCCCACUCCAGUCAGUGCGCAGCUGCAAACUUAUUUAUUCAAUUUCUACAAGCUUCACUUCGCUUGUGUUUUGAUCAUUUGGAAAAUGGAGCAAAAGAAGAGAAGUUACGAGAAGCGGAUGGACGUUGAUGUACAUUUGCCAGAUAUACUCUUUUGAGUGUUUAAAGUCGCUCAUUUGAGUGUAUUCAGUUUGAGUCAAGUGUAUUUGUCUCACUCCUACAAGUGCAUUGCGAUCAUCUGUCUGUCCAUCCAAAUACACUCUGAAUAAUAAGUCUGAUCUUUUUUUUGCUCCAUUUUCCAAAUGAAUGCGCUCUUCUGAGCAUAUUCGUCUCGCUCUUACGAGUGCAUUGCAAUCAACUGUCUAUCCAUCCAAAUAUGCUAAAGAAUGUAUUCAGCAAAUACACUCAAAAGAGCCUGGACCUCGUUGAACGUAUUUGCCGAAUAUGCUCAAAUGAAAUUCGGUGGAACUUUGAAUUGGCGACCAAGUCUCAUUGAAUGCAUUUUCAGGAACUUUGAGGUGCAGUGGAAGCACAAAGCACGCAGAUUACAGGGAACACUUUUACCCAGGUAAGCAAGUUCCCAAAGAUAAAAGUUCUUGGGAAUCUGGUGGAAAAGGGGCUUAUGAGAGAGAAGCACUAACGGAAAAAAGCAGUGAUGCCUCAAUGAAAGAUGUGGUGUGUUUACCGUCUGUAUUAUACUGUAUGUAGAGAGGACAUAAAGCCCUGAGGACUUUGUCCAGUAAAGAUGUCAUACGCAGUUUCUUUUUUUUUUAAGUGCUUUUGUCUGCUGUAAAAACAGACAAACUUUUCAUUAAAUUAAAAACAGAUGAGUGUUUAAAACAGUACAUCAAUGAAAAGCUACUGAUAUCAUACACAUAAAAUGCUGCACAUUAUUAUUAUUUUUAUUUAUUUUUCCCUGUAUUUAUGUUCUCAUUUUGUUCAGGGUGAAGUUUUGGUGCUGAUCGUGCUGAAUUCCAAACUUGCCUCAUAAUAAUAAUUUUAUUAUUAUUAUUAUUAUUAUUAUUAUUAUUUUAUUAUUAUUUUAUUAUUAUUAUUAUUAUUAUUAUUAUUAUUAUUAUUAUUAUUAUUAUUAUUGGUAUAGUUAUAAUAAUAAUAACGUAACACCCUCUGAGUUCUCAGACCCACACCUUCGAAACACACUGAACCCAAAGCUCCAGGAGCCAAAUAUGAUAACUGUAAACUUGGAGCUUGUUGAGCGUACUGUACAAUCAGAGGGCCUGAUUUAGUUUUUGGACCUUCAUGCACACUGUGCCUGCUUCGUUAGAGCCGACCCGCUACUGAUGUUUCUUUUUGGUGGGCUGCAGAAGGAGGACAAUACUCCUGUCUGUUCAAUAAGCAUCGGCCAGCAGACGUUGAUGGGCUAAUCUGGGUUUUAGGAUCAUUCUUAUUGCUGUCAGUUGCUCUGCAAAGAGAGGUCAGAGGUCAAUCUCCAACCAAUUGAAGUUAUGUGUUUGCUGUAUCUUUGUUUAAAGACUCUCCAGCAGUAUUGGUGUGUGUUGGCGAAGGGGAUUGAACCCUCUAUUUUUCCAUCUCAUUGUACCAUCUUGCUGAGUGUCAUCAGUGUUCCAGUAUUUUACUAUUGCUUUGGCUCAGUUUGAAAACGUGAAUAAAAUAGUUGCACUUCACAUGAUUUUACUUUAUUCACCCACUUUAAUUAUUUCUGUAAUUUGUGAUUGAAAUUAACUAAAUUACAGGAUCUUACUCUUGCACAUUUAAUAUAAAGAAAGCCUAUAAUAAACAAAUAAUCCAAAUUGAUCUAUUGAAAGACCAGAAAUAUUUUGUCAUUCAUGGGUCAUUGAUGUGAUGCGUAAAUGUUCUGUCUGCUGCAUUUUUUUCUCCCAGAAACAACAAUAUUUAUUCUCAUAUGUACUCAUGACAACUUUUUUUUCUAAGAUCGUAAGUUAUGUGUAAUUUCUGUCAAAUUGUCAUGUGGUACAACGUUUGAACAUGGCUUCUGUUUGGAAGAUUUACUUAAUCAUUCUAAAUCUGUUCACAUUGAUUUUCUUUGCUAAUUUAUCUACAAUAUGUGCUUGAUUGCCCCCCCACCCAUAUUUAUUUGGUUAAAAGUAAAAUGAAAAAUCCAAUAAAUAUGUGAUCACAUUUGCAAAAACUUUUUGUUCACCACAUUGCUAUAUUAAUAUUAAGUAGACCAAUUAAAUUACCUUAUUUUAAGGCAAUUCACAGUUGUACCAUAUGAUAUUUUUUAAGGCCACAGUGAGGUCAUCCCUGAGGAAAAACACUAAAAUCACUAUUUAUAAUUUCAUUCUAAAUGUAUUUGUUCACACAUCCUCUCUAGAUUUUUGACUUUCUGUAUUUUAGAAUUGGCCUGUUGAAUAUCCUUGUGUAGACACUGACCCUCAUUGCACAUGUGGUGGUUAUUCAUUCAUUCAGUCAAGUCAUUCAGCUUCAAUCAAAGCUGGAGAUCUGGAGGGAUUUCUGCCCAUUAAAAAAAAUACAGCACUUUAUAAUAAAAGACUGUAUCAAAAUAUUGCAUAUUCAUAUUAAACCAAAAAACUGAGCCAAAGCAAUCAUACUGUGCUAUAAAUACAGUCAGGGUGGCUGGUCACUAAGUGCUGACCCCGUCCCCAAAACAAUGCACCAGGAAUUUUUUUUUUGAACUUCCAAGUUUUUAUCUAUUCCACUACUGAUGGUGAGUAAAGAUUGAUGAUUAUGGUUUUCACUGUAAUUUAUCUUUUUGAUUCAUUAAUUAUUUCUUAUUAUAGAGCUGAAAUUUCUUCCACGUGAGAUCACAAUUGUUGGGUCUGUGUGCCUUUAGUUUCAGUUGUAUUUGUUUAUUUGUUGAUAUUUAUUAGUAUCACUUCUUUAUAGACGUGUGAAAAACCUAUGAAUGAAAGAUGAUGGAGGACAUGACAGUUUGGCCGUUGCUGAACUCUAGCUGCAUUUCUGUAAAGGAUGUCAGGCUAUGUUUUUGAGAGGUAGAAAAAAAAAAAAUGAGUUGGGCGUUUUUCCACGAUGUGUGGAAUGACUCCACUAGGCUGUCAUCAGAGGGUAGAGCAUUUUUUAUACAACACACUGCAUUUGCCAUUUACAUUAACUUUUUUUGACAAGGGCAAAAACCACCUCAAUUGAAUAUACACAAGUUUUUUUGGCUUUUUUUUUUUGUAUUUUUGACAUUUCUAUAAACAAAGUUGAAAAUCUGCAUAAAAUAUGUUUAUGGAAACAUACCUUAUGAGGUUGUUGAUGCACAUGAGUGUAAUGAAUCCAUUUUACUUCAUCCCCAAAGAAGCAGUGACCAUGUUUUUAAGAUAUAGAAGAAAUUCUAUUUAAUAUUUAUCCUUUGGUUGAUUUGAAUGUUUCUUCAAUGUGGUCAGCUCUUUUUAUGAGGAUCUUCUUCUGGGGUUUUUUCGUAGCCUGUAUCUUUGGAUCUUUAUCCACCCACCUGUAAAGUUUACAAGAGAAUUAAACACUGCCUGCUAUGUUGAGAUCUGCUUUAGUGAUGUGGAGACUGGACUGGACUGGACUGGUGGUGGUAAUAACAGUGUUUUCAUCUUGGCAUCCCAAACAGUAAACUUUGAUUUGUCCAAUUUGUUGAAGUGAUUCAGAAUGAGAUAUGCAACCAAGAAAACUAAGUAUUCCUUCAUAAUUGACAGUUUGAGAUGUUUAGUGGUGUAAAAGAGCAUUGGCACAUUUUAUUGGAGCAUUUUCAGCAUUUUGUUUCAAGUGAAGUGCUCUGGAUUGCUGUAGAGGCAGUGACGAGCCUUUUCUUUCCCUCUCCAUAUUCGACAUUAAACCGUGGUGGGGGGGGUGGAGAAGUGCUGAUGGGAAUAUUUCAUAAAGCCCUACCUAUUGAGAUGUGAAGGCUGCUGCUGCUGAGGCCCCACACACUUUGUCCUGGACGUUGAUUUACAAGACUGCACCACGUUUUUAUGUCGGUUGUAGCGGUGCAACAGCAUCUACAAUGGAACAAGAGCUGAGGCUGGGGUCUUUAUUUUGCACAACCAUGCUGCAGACAGAAAAAAUGUGUUAAUGCACUAAUUUAGUGCUGUUGGCAAAGAUGUGGAGGAAAUGACAAGUGCUGCUUUUAUUAUUAUUAUUAUUUCCUUUUUUUUAGUUUCUUGAUUUCUACAGAUUUAUGGUGUCAAGGGAGUGGUCCAGUGCCAUUUUGUGUUUCAGAUUUAGUGUUUCUAUUUGACUGAUUCCUCAUCCAACAACUUCAGAAUAAAAAAAAAAAAAGAAAGAAAAUAAAUUGCACUCUCACAGAUUAUACUUGAUACAUUCCCAGUCGGUCCAGGGAGGUUUGA